CUAUAUGCUGCAAUCCCCUGCACUUCUCACUCUCUCUCUCUCUCUCUCGCUCUCGGUUCAAUCAACUUUUCUCUUUUGCUUUUCACCAUUUUUUGAUUCUUCAGCUUUUCUGUUUUGGCUCUUCCUCUUUCUAUCUCAUUGAUUCACUCAAAUUCCAUGACAAUUUGACAAGAAGAACCCAAAACUUGUCUGACUAACUAUUGAUUGAUUCACUAGAUACCCAGUUGGAUUUCGAGUACAGAGAAGGUUUGUCAAGUGAGUUUUAGUUAUGGAAGCUCCAAAACCAGAAGAAAUAAGUCAUCCUCCAAUGGACCAACUUCAAGGUUUAGAGUAUUGUAUAGACUCCAAUCCUUCAUGGGGGGAGGCAAUAGCUUUAGGCUUCCAACACUACAUCUUGGCUUUAGGGACUGCAGUGAUGAUUCCUUCAUUUCUUGUUCCUUUGAUGGGUGGAUCUAAUGAUGAUAAGGUGAGGGUAGUGCAGACUCUGCUAUUUGUGGAGGGAAUUAAUACACUCAUACAAACGUUAUUCGGAACCCGACUACCGACUGUGAUUGGAGGAUCUUGGGCAUUCAUGGUCCCCAUUAUUUCUAUAAUUCAUGACUCUUCCUUGCAGGCAAUCCCAGACCCUCAUGCAAGAUUUCUUAAUACCAUGAGAGCAACACAAGGUGCUUUGAUAGUAGCAUCAAGUGUGCAGAUUAUUUUAGGAUACAGUCAGCUGUGGGCUAUUUGCUCCAGGUUUUUCAGCCCGCUUGGAAUGGCUCCAGUAAUUGCACUGGUGGGAUUUGGCCUGUUUGAUAAAGGCUUCCCAGUGGUUGGACGGUGCGUGGAAAUUGGUGUUCCUAUGCUUAUCUUAUUUGUUGCCUUCUCUCAGUACUUGAAACAGUUUCAGACAAAGAAACUGCCGAUAUUGGAGCGUUUUGCUCUCCUUAUAUCAACUACAGUGAUAUGGGCAUAUGCACAUCUCCUGACAGCCAGUGGUGCAUACAAACAUAGUCCAGAUUUAACCCAAACUCACUGCCGCACUGACAAAGCCAAUCUCAUUUCUUCUGCACCAUGGAUAAAAAUUCCAUAUCCGCUUCAAUGGGGUGCUCCUACUUUUGAUGCUGGUCAUGCUUUCGGAAUGAUGGCUGCUGUAUUUGUCUCAUUGGUUGAGUCAACUGGAGCAUAUAAGGCAGCAGCUCGUUUAGCAAGCGCUACACCACCUCCAGCUCAUGUUCUUAGCCGUGGCAUUGGUUGGCAGGGAAUUGGAAUCCUACUCGAUGGACUCUUUGGGACAGUCACUGGCUCUACAGUUUCUGUAGAAAAUGUGGGUCUUCUUGGAAGCACUCGUGUAGGUAGCCGCAGAGUUAUUCAGAUCUCAGCUGGAUUUAUGAUCUUCUUCUCAAUGCUAGGGAAAUUUGGAGCAUUGUUUGCAUCAAUACCUUUCACUAUAUUUGCUGCUGUAUAUUGUGUUUUCUUCGGCAUUGUAGCUUCGGUGGGGUUGUCUUUUUUGCAAUUCACAAACAUGAAUUCAAUGAGAAACCUCUUCAUUACGGGUGUUUCCCUCUUCCUGGGUUUGUCUAUUCCCGAGUACUUCAGGGAAUACACUGCUGCUGCUCUUCAUGGUCCUGCUCACACCAAAGCUGGAUGGUUCAAUGAUUUUCUCAAUACCAUCUUCUUGUCCUCCCCGACUGUUGCCUUGAUCAUCGCUGUGUUCCUCGACAAUACACUUGAUUACAAGGACAGUGCUAGAGACAGAGGGAUGCCAUGGUGGGUCAAAUUCAGAACAUUCAAGGGAGACAGUCGAAACGAAGAGUUUUACACCCUCCCUUUCAACCUCGACCGCUUCUUCCCUCCAUCUUGAUGUAUCAAACUAGAGAAAGAUAAAAAAGUUUGGAGACAUUUUGCCAUAUGCAGAUAAGAAUGAUGAUGAUCACAUUCUCGUGAAGAAGAGAUAGGAAGUCAUGUUUUGUCAAUAGUCAUGCUUUCUAUGCCUGCCCUUUUCUUUCUUUUAGCAUUAAUUCUAUAUGUCUUUUGCUUGGAAUUUUCAGGUUUUCUCUAAUAAAACCUAUUCAUUUUUUCUUCAAACUUGUAAUAUAUGGUUGGACCGCAAUUUGUUUUGGAACAUCCACAAGCUUCCCUACGUAAUUGGCUUU